UAGAUGUAAAACGAUCUUUUGGUAAUUUGGUAUCUUCCGAUCCCGUUCAAUGUCAGUCAGGGCCCUGAUCUCGCGAGAAUCCCAGUGUUGAUAAAAUUCCAUGGGAAGGACCGGACUGUAUGUAUUUCCACAGCUGUUUGGAAAAGCAUGCCCUGUGAAGUAAAGCCUCGGUUCGUGCUGCUGUACGGGUCUCAGAAGGGCCAGGCGCAGUCCAUAGCAGAGGGGGUAGCUGAGGGGGCAGAGGAGCACGGACUGGUUGCUGAGCUCAGCUGCUUGAGCCAGGAUGAGAAGUACAAUUUGGAGAAGGAGAAUGCCCCAGUGGUCUUUAUUGUGUCUACUACUGGAGAUGGGGAACCGCCAGACAAUGCCCUCCGAUUUGUAAGGCGCAUCAAGAAGAAGACCCUCUCCACUGACCACUAUAAACACCUUUCCUAUGCACUUUUAGCUUUAGGAGACACAAAUUAUGCAAAUUUCUGCAACUGUGGGAAGACAAUUGAGCGUCGUCUACAGGAACUUGGAGCCAAACAAUUCUAUGCAACGGGAUAUGCAGAUGAUGGUGUAGGGCUGGAGGUGGUUGUGGACCCCUGGCUAGACGGACUGUGGAAAGCAAUCAAAGGAGCCUUAUCAAAAAUGGCUUCUGAUAGGACUGGUUACUUGAAAGGAGAAGCAGGGGACUCACCACAGGAAACUCCUGAUUCAUCCAUACCAGAUGUCCAACUAAACCUCUUAAGCAUCACUGAGCGCCAAAACUGCGAGUCGGUCAGAGCAUCCGUAGAACCGAUCUCUAAAUUUGCAUCUGCUGCUUCACCUUCAGCUUCUGCUACACAGACUGCUGUUUCUGAUCUCAGGCCAGCUCUUCCUGCAGGGAGCCCUGGGUUGGCUUCCCAGUCUCACGGUGAUGCCAGUGUUUCUACAUCAGCACCAGAGACGAAGACCGAGGAUACUGGAGUUCCUCGUGUUGAAUUGGCAGCCUCACUGACACGCUCCCUGCCGCCACUGUCAGAGUCCUCACUCAAUGUGCCUGCUCUACCUCCUGUGUACCUGGAUGUCUCUCUUCAGGAGGUGGAUUCUGUGGAACAGAUGGAUGGACUGUUAAACAAAGACACUCUUUAUGAGGUUCCCAUAUCCAGGGCAGUUCAGCUGACCAGAGGAGAUUCAGUAAAGAUGGCCCUACUCUUAGAGCUGGACAUCUCUGCUUACCCAACAAUAACACAUCAGCCAGGAGAUUCGUUUGAUGUGUUCUGCCCAAACAAUGGCACUGAGGUGGAGGACAUGCUCCGCAGAUUGGGCCUUCAUGACCAGAGGAACCGCAGAGUACACAUUUCUCUACGUAAAGACAAUAAGAAAAGAGGUGCCCAGGUGCCACCCUACAUUCCCCAGAACAUCUCUCUGCUGUACCUGCUCACAUGGUGUCUAGAGAUCAGACACGUUCCUAAGAAGGCAUUUCUUCGAGCGCUGGUGGAGCAUACAGGGGACGCUGUGCAGAGGAGGAGACUGCAGGAGCUCUGCAGUAAACAAGGCACCGCAGACUACAACCUGUAUGUGAGAGACCCAAGCCUAAGUGUCCUGGAGCUUCUCGCAGCUUUCCCAUCCUGCUCGCCUCCUCUCAGCCUCCUCAUAGAGCAUUUGCCGAAACUGCAGCCCAGGCCUUAUUCAGCAGCCAGCUCCUUUCUUAGGCACCCAGGAAAGCUGCAUUUUGUCUUCAAUGUAGUAGAGUUCCCAGCAUGCUCUGGGCGGCCUGCGGGGAGGCGAGGCUUGUGUACCGGUUGGCUGUUUGACCUCAUCAAUCCUGUCCUGGUUUUCCCAGGGAAGGCUGAAUCCUCCGGCAGCCCGGCUCUGCCAAAGAUCCAUGUGAGUUUGAGACCCAACUGCUUCUUUCGGCCUCCGUCUGACCUGUCGGUGCCCUUCAUAAUGGUUGGACCGGGUACAGGAGUUGCUCCCUUCAUUGGUUUCCUCCAGCAAAGGUAUGGUACAUUUCAUGAUAUUAUCUUGCCCCAUAGUAAGUGACAUUUUUAUCAAGUAAUAGAGCUGGAGUGUAUAUUCAGAUCCCCUGUUCUGCAAACGUCAAGCUCAUGUGGUAAUGUACUUGAUCCUGCAAUGGUAUACAUGUUACAAGAUAUUCUCCUGAAGUAGGUCACGUAAAUGUUCAUGUCAACCAUCAGAAACAUGCAGGUUAUAUUCUGAUUGUUGCACUGUGUGACACCGAUUAUUGCAGCAAAAAAAUUCUGCACCCAGUAAUGAAUAUUCACAAUGGUGAAGUGAUGUUAAGUGCACAUCAUCUAUGCAUAUUUUCAAGUAAUCUGCAAAGACAAUUAAAUGAGACCCCGCUCAAAGCCGUUAAAAGUAAAGUUGACGUCAUGUACAUCUCAUAAGGCAUAAUAAAUCUAAUGGCGAGGGCUGUGAUCACGUCAGGGAUUAUUUCAGAUGCUCUGCUUGUCUCAACAGGAAUAAAUUAGGCACUCUCUCCGAUGCGCAGGUUUAUGACUGGGGCCUGUAAUGAAGAGCCAGCAGUCAUAGCAGCACAUGCGGCGUUAUUGAUUUGAAAGUAAAACGUCCAGUAGGUGGAGGCCACGUUGUUGGAGUAAAUCACUGCUUGUAAUUGCGGAAGAGGUGGUGUGAGGAUAUUGACUGUUAGCUGAGUAUGUCGUAGCUCUCUCCAGCUUGUUAAAGCGUUGCUGUAAGUCCAAAUGCUUGAAGAGCGCUAUCAUUUGGUAGAAAACGUGGCCGUUUGUUUAAUUUUCUGAGGUUCUGAAUUGACAGUUCAAUCAAGAUUGCAAGAUGAUGACCUGUCAGAAGGAUUUAAUGUGACUGAAGCUUCUGUAUCCAGGCUACUGCCUGUGUGUCGAACCAGGUCCAUAGCUCACCAUGACUUUAAGAAGGCGAAGUAAGCCUUUUUAGUCAGACUGACAUGUCUAACUCUUGGGUGGCUUUGUAUAAAUGAGGUUUUGCCCCAGUCAACUCCAAUUGUCUCUAAAUCCCUUGGACGUCUGCACCGUUAAGGCGGGUGGCGUCACUGGGUGAUUGCUCAGAGAGGUGACACGGCACCGGCUGAAGUGAUAGCGUUGAUGGAUUGUCUGCAGAAGAUUUGGGGGGAGGAUGAGUGGUCAUCUGGGGUGAGAGGUGUAUACGCCUUUGGGAUGCAGGAGCACUGAAGAUAGCGCACAUUUUUCCAACUGACCUGGUUAUACCACUCCUUUUCUUAAUGAUCAAGGUUAAGCCAGAGGGACGGUACCCUGGUGGAAGGCAGUGAUAUGAACACAUCAGUCUCACUUUGAUCCUUACAGCAGUAUGCAAACAUUGCUCUCUGAAAUCUAAGAUACUCAAAAUAUACAUUUGAGUAUUUUAUUUAAUGAUCUGUCCUUGCAGACCUGCUUGUUAGUGCAAGCAAAACAGUCAGACCUUGAUUGAUUUUGGAAGACUUUGUUUCAUAAUACAACCACAACCCCUCAACAGAUGCAUCCUGCGAGUUCAAUGUUGGAUCUUUUUUAAUUUCUUUUUAUACAUUUCAAAUGUAUUCUUUUGUUUUUCUUUCAAGAGACCCUUCACUGUUAGAGCAUAAACUCAUGUGAACCAAUUCAUCAGCCUGACUGUCUCCUCAGUCCAUUCUCCCUCUCUGUGUCUCUCAUCCUCUCCCCUGCCAGCUGCGUAUUGUGCUGGAGGAUUGUAAAAACCUGUCAUGGUGCGCAGCAUUAUACAGAAUCUAACUUGAGAUUCCAAACAAAGCCUCGGUGGCUGACGCUGCACUCUGAUAGGAGAUAACAAUCACCAGUUUGUCAACGGGACAUCGUAUCUGCCUCGAGGCCCAAGAAAGGUCCUGUUAGCAACAAAACAACAUGGGGACAUUUCGAUCUUCCUACCUCUCUCCCCCCUUCCACUCCCACUGUUAAUCGAUGGCUGUUUUCAAAAGUACUUUGUAUGAGUUUGUAGUGCUGGUAAGAAGUGGAAGAAGUCUCUAAAGGUCAGAGGCUCACUUGGUGGUACCAGGAGAUUUUAAUAAGGCCCUCCAGUAGUGGUAUUGAUUGCUGUGGUUUGCGUGGAAGGAUUUUAUGGAGAAUGUGAUUUCCACUGUCUCUCUAUGUAGCUGGGAGCAGUGACAGUUAGACAAAUAUUGUAUUUUAACUGAGUGGUUAGCCUUAAUCUCCUUAACAGCUCUAACAAGCUUUUCUUUUGGAAAAAAUCAGUCUGCUCAGUUUAAUAUUUAGGUUUGCCAGCAGGCAUUCAAUAUGACAACCUUUAUUAAGGUUUGUGCGUUUGUGUGAACAAAUAUUGAGCUUCUGUUUAUCAGUCUAACCAGACAGCUGAUUGCAAUUAGGCUACGGCAUCUUGCAACUCAGCAUUGUACUGUAUUAUAAAAACAUUCUAAAUUCAGCACGUUGAAUGUAUAUGGGUGUAAUUUUGCUAUGUAAUUCCAGUGAUUAAGCCUCAAGCUGUUGUUGUGUUUAGGCUUUUUUUUUUUGUUCUUGUUGUAUUUUUUGCCUAAAAAGCCACUCAGCACCUCUCGCGCUGAACUGCAAGAGAAAAACGGAUGAAACAUAUGAGAUAAUUGGGAUGUUUACCAAGUCUUCACCUCAGCUUUCCGUGCAGUUUCCCCCUCCUGCUGAUCAUCUGAAUGGCGCUGAAAGGCAACCGCUUCUGAUUUCGACCCCAAAUGGAGUGCUCUGUAGCUGCUGCCUUCCCCCUGGGAUUGUGUUGCAGGCUGUUAUAGUGUGGGUAUGUGAUGUGAUGUGAUUUGUAUUCAGAGAGAGGCGCCGGUGUGGUCUACUCAGAAUGGAAUCCAGGUUUUUCAUAUUGGUAUUGAUCCCUUUAGGGCAGGCGGCGAGAGGAGAGAGACGAGCCCACUAAAAUGAGUUUACUUGAGGCUGUUUGCAGAUCAGAAGAAUCUCGUCCAGGAUGCUAAUGGAUGGGAUCUGAGUGUUCAGAUCAAGUCAUCCAGACAGCUCUGUUACUGAGCCCCAUUCACAGACGUAAAGUUCAAACAAACUUCUUCUCCAAAGCUUUUUUAUUAACUGGUCAACUUCUCAUCUAAUUAAUGAGGACUAAGCUUUGUUUUAGUAUUCACAGUAAGGCUUGCAUUAAUAUAUUUUUUAUUAAGGCUAAUUAGUGUAUAGCUGCAACUAAAGUUUGAUUAAUCUGUUUAAAAAAAUAUAAUAAAUAUGUUAAUCCUUUAGUCUAUAAAAUGUCAGAAAACAGAGGACGUUUUUUUUUUUAUAAACAAAAGCGACCUCUUCACAUUGCUUGUUUUGUCCAAGCAACAAAAGAUAUUGAAUUUACAAUAACAUAAAACAAAACAAACAAAAAAAGGGCAUAUUGCUCGAUAAACCACUUCGACCAGCGGUUCUCAAACUUUUUGCUCCCUUUAGAAGCAGAUGAAACAAAUGCUCGGUCAUGCCCUCCAUGCUCCUCUAAACUAUUUAAAAUUUGUAUCAGUCAUUAGCAACUUUGGGGGAAAUACCAACAAAGUGUAGCUUUCUGUAAAACAAAAAAGUUUCUCCUGUUACAUCCUGACUUUAGUUUUGACUUCCAUAUUUGCUUCCAAAAUCUUUCUAAAUUGAAUUUUGUUUUAUUUUUUAUUCUUUUUAUGAGGGAAAAUUUCUCUGUACUUACCUUUUAAAUCUGAUACACACUGACCACUCUGGUUUCAUCAAAAGUUGAUCAUUAUCUGAUAACACAAGGAAAUUAUUGAAUAUUAUUCAAUAUGCAAAAAAGGUCCUGAUUUAAUUGAAUUGCCCUUUAUGAUAUCAGCACCCUUUGGUUGUCCCUCUGUGAGCCGUAAACCGGACGAUGAUAUUUCCUGGAAUGAUAUAUGGAAGGCAGACAAACGAAAGCAAUUUUAAAAUAUUUAACAGAUUUUAUUACACCCUGUCACAGCUACACAAAAUGGGCAUAAGGGAUGACAGUAAGUGUAUAAAACGUGGUUCUGCUGAAGGAACUGUGCUCCAUCUGUUGUGGGACUGCAAUGAAAUCAAAGAUCUUUGGUUUGGCAUAACAAAGCGAGCGAUGAGCCACACUAAUUUAGCCAUUCCACUCAAACCACAAUCAUGUAUACUGGGACAUUUGCAUAACUUCAGCAGAGUAUCUUCAAAGAAUAAAACAAUCUUUCUUUUGUUACGUGUGGUCACAAAGAAGGUAAUCAUGAAUAACUAGAAUGCUUUAACUCAGAAAGAAGGGAUCACUGAAGCAAUGGAACUGAUUAGGUUGGAAAAGGUAGUUUUUAGAUGGCAAAAUAAUGAGACGGAAUACGCUGAAAUGGGCGCCAGUGGAAAUGUAGUUAUUGUCACUAUAAAAAGAGAGAGAAAAAAGACCACCAUUUUUAUUUCAUUUCUUUUUAUUUCUGACUAACCUAAUAAUUGUCUUCCUUUGCUGUCAGUGCUGCUUUACAGUAUUAAGAUUGCAUCUUACCUGUGCUGUAAGAUGCAAUUACAGUGAAGAUUGACGGAUAGUUAUAAUGUCCAUGACUGCAUGCUGUAUUUUGUGUUAUUAAAAAAAAAAGAUUUAUUCAAAGCAGGGCAUUUUUAUAUCUUUUGAAACAUGUCUGGAGGGGUCUCGUUUUUUAAAAAUAGUUGGUGAUUAAUUUUCCACCGCUCAAACUAAUCCGCAUAUCAUUUU